GAAUUUUUCAACGAGUGGACUUGUUCUUUGGAAGUGCCUUGUACAUGCACAUCCAUUUCCCAUUUGGCAUUGACAGACUCAGACACGCAACAUGUAUGAGAAGUCGAGAGUUGAUAAUUUAUUAUUCCAAAGCUUGUGUUGCGCGAAACGAUGUUUUGGCGCAACAUGUUGCUCUUCAACAGCCAUGUUGAUGUUACUGUAACCUUUCUUCUUCUUCUGUUCCUAUCUCUAUUUGGAAUUGGAUCAUCCUCAGCAGCACCCUUUUACAUCGAUACUUACUGCCCAAAGAACGCAUCGUACAAUUCCAACGUAACAUUCGAAACCAAUCUCAAAGUCCUCCUCGCAACUCUCGUCUCCAACGUUUCCAUGUCCGGCUUCUACUACACCUUCAUGGGCUUGGGAACCACAAGCGUCGCCAACGGCCAGUUCCUCUGCCGCGGCGAUGCCUCCGCCGCCACGUGUCAGGACUGCAUCGCCACCGCCGCCAAAGAGAUAACGCGACUCUGCCCCAACAAAACAGAGUCCAUAAUAUGGUACGACGAGUGCACGCUCUAUUUCACAAACCACUACUUCUCCCGCACCGGCAUCGAACCGCGAGCCAUGUUGUCGGACGACAGGAACAUCUCUGCCUCCGACUUGGACAGCUUCAACCGCACGUUGUUCAGCUUGUUGAACGAUUUGGCGGAAGAAGCCGCGAAUUCUCAGUCGGCGAAGAAAUUCGCCACCGGCCAAAGCCGAUUCGACGGGUCCUCGCCGCAGAGAACUGUGUAUGCCCUGGCAGAGUGCGCGCCCACCGAAACGAGUACUCAGUGUGAAGAGUGUUUGAAAAAUGCCAUUUCAACUCUUCCUUCGUGUUGCGGAGGAAAACAGGGAGCGAGGGCUCUGCUUGCGCAUUGCGAUGUUAGAUACGAAUUGUUCCUCUUUUACAAUACUAGCGGAACGUCAGUUAUUUAUGCAGGAAAUAAGAAAUCUGUAUCGCGAGUAAUCUUGAUUGUUGUCCCUGUUGUUGUGUCGGUAUUUCUCUUAUGUGGUGUCUGCUAUUUCAUAUUGAAACGAUCAAGGAAGAGAUAUAAGACUCUUCUAAGGGAAAAUUUUGGGGAAGAAAGUGCCACUUUGGAGGCGUUACAAUUUGGCUUGGCCACAAUUGAAGCUGCCACAAACAAGUUUUCGUAUGAAAGGAGAAUAGGUGAAGGUGGAUUCGGAGUUGUUUAUAAGGGUAUUUUUCCCGAUGGACGAGAAAUAGCUGUUAAGAAACUCUCAAGAAGUUCGGGACAAGGUGCAAUUGAAUUCAAGAAUGAGAUUUUAUUGAUAGCAAAACUUCAACACAGAAAUUUAGUGACAUUGUUAGGAUUUUGUUUGGAAGAGGAAGAGAAAAUACUUAUUUAUGAAUUUGUGUCCAAUAAAAGUCUCGACUACUUUCUAUUUGAUCCCUACAAGAGCAAACAAUUGAGCUGGUCGGAACGUUACAAAAUUAUUGAAGGAAUUACACAAGGAAUUUCAUAUUUACAUGAACAUUCACGGUUAAAAGUUAUUCAUCGUGAUUUAAAACCUAGUAAUGUAUUGUUAGAUAGCAACAUGAAUCCAAAGAUUUCAGAUUUUGGAAUGGCAAGAAUUGUUGCUAUUGAUCAAUAUCAAGGAAGAACAAAUAGGAUCGUGGGAACAUACGGUUAUAUGUCUCCGGAAUAUGCAAUGCAUGGACAAUUUUCAGAAAAGUCAGAUGUUUUUAGUUUUGGAGUUAUAGUUUUGGAGAUAAUUAGUGCAAAAAGGAAUACUCGUUCUGUUUUUUCGGAUCAUGAUGACCUCUUGAGUUAUGCUUGGGAACAAUGGAUGGAUGAAGCACCAUUAAACAUAUUUGACCAAAGUAUUAAGGCGGAGUUUUGUGAUCACAGUGAAGUUGUUAAAUGCAUCCAAAUUGGUUUAUUAUGUGUACAAGAGAAGCCAGAUGACAGACCUAAAAUGACACAAGUUAUUUCAUAUCUCAAUAGCUCUAUAACAGAGUUGCCACUUCCUAAAAAACCGAUAAAUUCUAGACAAAUUGGAAGAGUUCAAAAGAUUGCAGUAGGGGAAUCGAGUUCAGGUUCAACACCAUCUAUCAAUGAAAUGUCCGUGAGUAUAUUUAUUCCCCGGUUUAUUAAUUAUUAUUACGGAGUAUAAAUCUUCCUUUCUCAAACGACAAAAUACCUUGCAAUCUAUUUGUUAUCUCUAAAAGGCUCACGCAGCUAUCACAAAAGAGAAUCAAAUUGCCUUCCUCUACCUUAUCAUGCUUUUUCCUCUCUGACUCACCCAACAAGCUUGUAUGAUUGAUUUUCAUCACAAGAAGAAUUGUACCUCGGCAGAUCCCACGAGACAUUUCAAUUUGCCACCCCCCCAGAUGAGCUUUCAAUCUGCUGGCCCCUGGUCUCGUAGUUGUAGAAGAGAAAAAUUAACUAUUGAGAGGAUUGUAUGAUGCGACUAUGGCAAAAACAAAGGAUCUAAAAAAAACUUUUAAGAGUACACUUGCAUCCAUGUUUGAUUGAAGACCAGUUAAUAUAAUUGGAGAGAUGAACGCUCUUUAGAGUAGUGGUCUUUGAGCAUGAGGAAGAGGAGUUUCCUCCGAUGAUGAUCAAGCAUUUAGGUUGAUAUUGGCUACCCAAAAUAACUGAAGAGAAAUUUCUUUUAGUUCUUAUUUAUCACAUUACUUGUGCUGACAAAGAAUAGUACUUUCACAAUGCCUAGGAUAAUUGCACUGAUAAUUCUUAAUGAAUGAAGUAGCUUUUGGCUGGUACUCAGUCAUUCUACAGUUUAUUCCCACGUCACAUCAAUAAAUUGUCUAUCAAUCUUUGAACGACAACUACUCUAUUGACCCACCAAAUCCAACACUUUUAGCAUAACAAGCGUAGGAAAGACCAACAUUUUUAUUUGACUCAAAUUUCAUUCUAAUGUAAGGUUGUUGACCAUUGUUAGCUUCAAAACCACCCAUGUAUGAAUCAGUUUCGUGUUCA